AUGUAUAAUUCCACAACUAUAUCAUUCAAAUGCGGUAGCAACUACAAUUUGAUAUCUCAGCUUUUAAUAUAUUUUGUGAAUGCCUCCUAUCUUGGAGUUGGAGUUUUCCUACAUAUCUUGAUAUUAAGAGUUUUAUUAUUCAAAGAAAGGCAGAUAUUCCGCAAUAACUCGUUUUUUCAAAUAUAUGUGAUGGAUUCGAUUGCAAGCACAUUUCUUCUUCUAACUGAUAUGUUUUUCGUUCGAUUAUUCAUGUAUGUACCUCCCCUUUGUGCUAUAAUUAGUCCUUUUUUCUGGGAUCCUUCCAUAACAACAAAGUUUGUGUACGUUUCUAUGAGUCAUGCAAGAUUUUCAAAAUCAAAUAAUUUAAUUAUAUUUAAACAUAAUUUAAACUUAUGGUUGAUUCCGAUUGCCAGAAUAUUAGUUGUUAUGUUACCUUUUAUUGGUACUUGGAAUGUCAUAAUCUCAAGAGUUUUUGUUUUCCCGUCUGAUGGUGGAUUUGCGAUGAAUUAUAUCAGAAAUGUAGAAUGGGCAGUUUUAUCUCUUUUCCAAUCAAUUUUCAUAUUUACUGCAUUAGGAUUUACGAUAGUUUGUACAUCAAUCACUUUAUAUGGAUUAUUUGUUCUACCAGACAGGAUAAAAUCCGCCGAAAAAACUCUUUGCUUUACAAGUUUAUUUGUAUCGUUAUGCUUUCUAUUAGUUGGAGUCCUACAGAUUGCCUUUGUGGCAUGUUCUGUAUGUCGUACUGAUUUUAAUAUUCUUUAUUAUAUGUAUUUGAUGAGUUUUUGGACGUUUGAGGCGUUUAAUGUUGGAACUGCACUGGUGAUGCUUCUUACUAAUAAGCAUAUACGAUCACUUGUUUUCUGUUGGAAGUCCAAGAAAAAAUUGAUAAUAACUUUUGAUCUUAAAUUUGUGACGAAAUCUUUACGCUUUUUUUCGUUAUUAUCAAUUUUUUUUUGA